GAAGAAAGGAGAGGGGGCAAGGAAGAAGCUGCUGGUUAGGCCCACAAUGAAAACACUCAUUCUUCUACUGCUGGUGCUCCUGGACUUGGGGCUGGCUCAACAACGGCUCCACAGGGUGCCCCUCAGGAGGCAUCAGUCCCUCCGGAAGAAGCUGCGGGCACGGGGCCAGCUCUCUGAGUUCUGGAAAUCCCAGAAUUUGGAUAUGAUCCAGUUCACCGAGUCCUGCACGAUGAACCAGGAUGCCAACGAGCCCCUCAUCAACUACUUGGAUAUGGAAUACUUCGGCACCAUCUCCAUCGGCUCUCCACCUCAGAACUUCACCGUCAUCUUUGACACUGGCUCCUCCAACCUCUGGGUCCCCUCCGUGUACUGCACCAGCGCAGCCUGCAAGACACACUCCAGGUUCUACCCUUCCCAGUCCAACACAUACAGUGUGCUGGGGAGUCAUUUCUCCAUUCAGUAUGGGACUGGCAGCUUGUCUGGAAUCAUCGGAGCUGACCAAGUCGAUGUGGAAGGACUGGUUGUGGUCGGCCAGCAAUUUGGAGAGAGUGUCACGGAGCCUGGCCAAACCUUUGUGAACGCAGAGUUUGAUGGAAUUCUGGGCCUGGGAUACCCCUCGUUGGCUGUGGGUGGGGUGACCCCAGUGUUCGACAACAUGAUGGCACAGAACCUGGUGGAUAUACCCAUGUUUUCUGUGUACAUGAGCAGUGACCCAGAAGGUGGUGCAGGAAGUGAACUGAUUUUUGGAGGCUAUGACCACUCCCAUUUCUCCGGGAAUCUGCACUGGGUCCCUGUCACCAAGCAAGGCUACUGGCAGAUUGCCCUGGAUGCGAUCCAGGUGGGAGGCGCAGUGAUGUUCUGCUCUGAGGGCUGCCAGGCCAUUGUGGACACGGGGACUUCCCUCAUCACGGGCCCCUCAGACAAAGUCAAGCAGCUGCAGAAGGCCAUUGGGGCAGAACCCAUGGAUGGAGAAUAUGGGGUGGAGUGUGCCAACCUCAAUGUCAUGCCAGAUGUCACCUUCACCAUCAAUGGCAUCUCCUACACCCUCCAACCCACUGCCUAUACCCUGCUGGACUUUGUGGAUGGAAUGGAGUUCUGCAGCAGUGGCUUUCAAGGUCUUGACAUCCAGCCUCCCGCUGGGCCCCUCUGGAUCCUGGGCGAUGUCUUCAUUAGACGGUUUUACUCAGUCUUUGAUCGUGGGAAUAACCGUGUUGGGCUGGCCCCGGCAGUCCCGUAAGUUGCGGCCUUGUGCCUGUGCCGGCCAGCCUGCCUGCUGCCCCAUGGAAAUACGGCCAUGCCUAUUAGAUUGGGGCAUUCUUCACAGCG